GCCCACAUCCGCUUCCAACAGAGAAGGGAGAGUUUAAGGGAGGAAAAACCCAAGCAAAACCCCACCGACUUUCCUCAUGGCUGCCAAAAAGGGUCUUGAAAGAGCUUGUCUUGUGGGUGAGAGGGACACCAAGAAGUACUCCUUGACCCUAGCCAGGAUGAGCUGGCAGCAGAAGAAUUUAAAUGAAGAGAGGCAGCAGCAGGAGGAAGCAGAUACUGAAGCUAAUCCAGCAUAUCAUCACUGUCACAGCUACUCACAGACCUAUGAGAACAGAAAAAGGGAGCAGCAUCAAGCCAGGAGGAAGCUCUGUAUAGCAUCAGUAAUUUGCAUUUUCUUCAUGAUUGCUGAGAUUACAGGGAACUGCGUGUUUCACACAGGUGGGCAGAUCGCUGGGAGCCUGGCGGUGAUCACCGACGCUGCACACAUCCUGGUGGACCUGGCAAGCUUCCUCAUCAGUCUCUUCUCACUGUGGCUUGCCUCCAAACCUCCCACCAAGCAGUUCACUUUUGGGUGGCACCGAGCAGAAAUUGUGGCUGCGUUGAUGUCUAUGAUGAUAAUUUGGAUGGUGACUGGUGUGUUGAUAUAUCUGGCUAGCAUGAGGCUGCUACACCCUGAUUAUGAUAUCAAUGCUACAGUGAUGCUCAUUUCCUCUGCUUGUGCUGUGCUUGCCAAUAUCCUACUAAGCCUGAUCCUGCACCAGACCAGCCAUGGGCACAGCCAUGGGGCUCAGGCCAGGGAACACGUGUCAGCCCCUCUGGAAAAGCCGGCUCCGAGCAACGCCAGCGUGCGGGCAGCCUUCGUGCAUGCCAUUGGAGACCUACUCCAGAGUAUUAGUGUGCUAAUAAGCUCACUUAUCAUCUUCUUUAAGCCAGAAUACAAAAUAGCUGACCCAAUCUGCACAUUUGUGUUUUCCAUCUUUGUUUUGGCAACCACCAUCACCAUCUUACGGGAUAUUUUGACUGUGUUAAUGGAAGGAACAGCAAAAGGACUUGCUUAUGAUGCAGUGAAAGCAAGGAUUUUAUCAGUUGAGAAAGUGGAGUCUGUUCACAACCUUCAGCUUUGGUCUCUGACAAUGAAUCAAACUAUUCUAUCUGCUCAUGUUGCCACAGCAGACACAGCAGACAGCCAGAAGAUUUUGAAAGAUAUUACCCAUGCCUUGUUUGAGUACUACUGCUUCCACUCCAUCACUAUUCAGAUUGAAUCAACAGAGGAUCAGAAACAAGACUGCAUCUUUUGCCAAGACCCCAGGGAUUAAAGGCAACAGUACACUACGAAAAUAAUUAUCACCCCUCUUACAGGUCAAUGGAGACUAUAUGUGCUAGUUGCAUGUAAUUGAUUAACAACAAAUGGUAAUUAACUGAACUAAAAAGCCCUGUCACAGAGCAGUGCAUGUACCUUUGUUUGUUGGUAACAUCAGGAGAGAACAUCUAUUAGGCCCAUCCAUCAGCCAAAUUACCUGUCCAUCCUCUGUUACUUCAAAUUACAAGAGAAAGUAUCUAAAUUAUUCUUGAUUAGAGUGGCAGACUGGCACUACAGCAACAUUUAAGAGUGCCUGUUUGCAAUUACAGGUAACAAAACACAAAUCAACCUUCAAAUUACCAGCAGACCAAUUAUCACAAAAUGUAAGGUAAUGUAAGUUUGGUGUUAGCAAAGCCCAACACUUACUCAGGAUAAAGGAGAAAACUGAAAUUAGCAGGAGGAAUGAAGAGAUCUGGAAAAGGAAGUGAUAAUGAGUGCUUUCCCUGCCUUAUGGCAAACUCUCCUUGUCCUGCAUAU